GUUGCCCUCCAGGCGGCUCUAAACUAUGGCAAUUUCCCUAUCUUCAACAUGUAAAUGCCCUCGGGCGUCCUCGUGGUGACGUAGGCAUGGGAGUGCCAGGUUGGUAGGAACUAGACUUCGACGCCCCCUGGAACUCAGUGUUCGCUGGCGUUCGGGGGAUAGAGGGUGGGUGCGUGGGAUCAUUCCGCGGGUGCUGUGUACAAGAAAGUGAUUUGAAUUUUGCUUUGAAAGGCGUCCAACCAGUGGGAAGCCGCAGCUAAGCGUUGUAAGAACAGCAAACCACAACUCUAGUCACCUGAAACUCAAGCCAGCCAAACUGUUUCCUAACGUCAACUGUUGUCUGAACUUUGUGCAGUGUAGAGGUCAGGAUGGAUCUCUGAUAGGGGCGCCCGCUCGCAUGACCAGUAACCUGAUAUUGAGUCGCGGGACUGCCGUUGUGAGUAUGGCGCCGAACCGGGGCUCUGUGCACGGCCAGACUCGGCUCACUGCCGACCCGUCCAACAUGCGCUACGAGAAGAACCGCCUCGCGACGUUCUCGAGCUGGCCACUGAACGCGCCCGUGCCCAAGGAACGACUCGCCAAGGCCGGCUUCUUCUACCGCGGUCCGCCGUUCCGCGUCGAGUGCUUCAGCUGCGGCGGCACGGUCGACGACUGGCAGUUCAACGAGCAGGCGAUGCUGAAGCACCAGCGGCUCUAUCCGCAGUGCCCGUUCGUCACGCACCGCUCCGAUAACGUGCCCCUAUUGGAGGGGGGCGGGGGCGGCGGCUCGCCGAUCCCGGCGCACGACAGCGGCUACAGCAGCAGCCAGUCGCCGCCGAGCUCGCAGGGCAGCGCCGCCUCGACCAGCCCGCGCUCGGGCUUCCGGUUCCCUCUGGCGACCGGCGGCAGCGCGACGCCGGCCGCCCCCGGCGCGCCGCGCUCAUGGGACGCCUUCAGACUCCUCAAGAGCGAGCGCCACCGGCGGCGGACUUUUGGCGCGUGGCCGGUGGACUUUAUAUCGCCGGACGAUCUGGCGCGUGCCGGAUUUUUCUCGCUGAACGACGGUGACAAGGCGCAGUGUAUAUUCUGCCGGGGCAUUGUCGGCGGCUGGGAGCUGGGCGACGUGCCGAUGACGGAGCACAGCCGCCACUUCCCGCAGUGUCCGUUUGUGCGUGGCUGCGAGGUGGGUAACGUGCCGGACGAUGGCAGCUCGGACUCGGAGGGCGAGCUGGACGAUACGCUGCGCGAGAACGUCCAGCUGGGCGGGGAGGACGAGGUCGGCUACCGGAUCGACUACAGGACGCGCUCCGUGGCGGAGUCGUCGCCAUGCAGCCGGUUGACCUCGAGUCACAUGAACGUGCAGACGCCGCUGGGAUCUGAGCAGACGAGCGACCUCACGCAGCUGGGAAUCUCGGAACACCAGGCGCCCAUCCACCCGAGCUAUGCCACCGUGGAGAGCCGGCUGCGCAGCUACCAGUACUGGCCACCGGCGCUGGCGCAGAAACCCAGGCAGCUGGCCGAGGCCGGCUUCUUUUACGCAGGCGUGUCCGACCACGUCAAGUGUUUCCACUGCGACGGCGGCCUGCGCAACUGGGUGCCCGGAGACGAUCCGUGGACCGAGCACGCCCGCUGGUUCAGCCGCUGCGGCUUCCUGAGGCUGGUGAAGGGCGAGGACUUCAUCCAGGAUGUGCUGCGCCACAACCCGCCGCAGGAGGCGCCGCCGGAGGGAGAGCAGCCGGCCACCGCCGACACACAGGUCAAACGGAGACCCUUCUCCGACGAGGAGGUCGAGAGAAUGAUGGAGGACGCUAUCUGCAAGACUGCCGUCGAGCUGGGCGUGGCGCGCGAGGCUGUCAAGCGCGUCCUGAAGGAGCGUCUCGAGUCCACCGGUCUGCCGUUCACCGAUCUCAGCUCGGUGCUGGCCAUGGCCGUGGAUCACACGCAGGCCACCUACCAGCCGCCCACCAGCUCGUCGGCGGGCGCCUCGGGAGUCAGCGGCCACGCCCGGGCCACGUCCACCCUCUCUGCGGCGUCCACCAUGUCUGCCGACUCGGGGAUGGAGGACGCUCGCAGUCAGGACGAGGAGAUGGAGGAGGCGCAGAGCGAGCCCACCACGCCGCAGGGGUCUGAGGUGGCCAUGACCUCCCAGCUGAGUAACGAGUCCUCCCAGACGCUGACCAACGGCAGCAGCAGCGGCAGCAACAGCGGCGCCAACACGCCCAAGCUGCUCCCAGGCGGCGGCUCGACGCCCGUCUCUGGCCAGUCGGGCUCCCUCGAGGAAGAGUACAUCCGCCUCAAAGAGCAGAAGCAGUGCAAGGUCUGCAUGGACGAGGACGUUGGCGUGGUGUUCCUGCCCUGCGGCCACCUCAUCACGUGCGUCAACUGCGCGCCGGCGCUGCGCGACUGCCCCCUCUGCCGGCAGCCGAUCCGCGGCACUGUGCGCACCUACCUCUCCUGAGCAGGGAGAGAGAGCGAUCCGUGGAUGGAGCGGGAGGUGCAGCGCGGCGGCCAGCGAGCUCAGAGAGAGGGGGGAGGAGGAGGCUCCUCCGGCUGCGGAGGAGAGGCGGCCGGGUGGGCGGCGGGAGCGCGAGUUUUACCACAGUGAUGGCGGUGGGGCGGGGUGACACCCCUCCACCGGAGCCGACUGGCCUCCUGGUGCGCGGAAAAAUCCGCCCACUGACCGGGCUGGCCGCGCGCGGAGAGCGGAGAGAGCAGGACUGGCGACAUGAUAUUACGCGGGCGGUGUGCAGCCGCUCGCCAGAGGUCGCGCACAGGAGUCAGAAGAGGUCACCCGAUCAGGACGGUGGUUGGCUGAGGUGACCUGACCUGACCCGGCCCGUGACCGGCCCACCGAUGUGAGGGUGGGGAGGGUCGGAGAGUGGGGAGCGGCCCUCGAUUCGGGGCUCCCUCGGUCCCUGAGGAUUCAUGUGAGCAGUGAAAGACUGAAAUGCUGUGUGAAGUGUAGUUCUUUGGCAGUCUGCGUCAUAGCCAGUCAUACUGCUCGUCAGGCAGAAUACAAAGAACUCUGCAACCGUAACGCUGAAUACCGUACCUUCUUUGAGCUGACACGACACCAGGGUGCGCGUGAGUCGAGAUAAGCAAUUAUAUAUCCCAAGAUCAGUAUAAUGUACCUCAGCUUAAUGUGAUGGGUCUCCGCUGCCAACCUACUCCAUGUAUCCAACCUUAGCCUGUUCCAAACAUGAUAAACAAGGCUUUUGCCUAACCGGAGGCUGUGCUCGCUGCGUUUCCGCCUCGACCAACCAGGUGUCGGUUUGCUUGUUCACUUAUCCCGCAGUUAUGUAGUCGUCGAUGGAGCUUUGCCCCAGUCUCGCUUCAGCUGUGGUGAAGCCGUGUCUCUCCUCGGUCUCUAUCAGCACCCGUAUCAGGCGUCUUGGUGUCAGCUGCUCCCGUGUUGUGCGUUCGAUGGUCGUCUCGGUACAGAAUUCAUCUGAUCUUGAUUGGAGAUGCGCUGAAAGUAUCAGCGCCCUUUGUCACCAAUGUUGCUUGCAGUCUGUGGGCUGUGCGGUGCGGAGGCGCCAUCUAUUUCUCGCCUUAUGUGAGGCGAGUGGAAUAGGUGACGCCACUGUUCCGUGGCACCCUAGACGGCAACCUUGUCUUCGAUUUGUAGCGUGUGCGGCAGUGAUCCUUGUGGAUCGGUGAGCACUGAGCCCAGUGACCCGAAGUCCGGUGCGGACUUGUGGUCUCGAUGUUUCUUUUGUGUGCAGUGGCGAUGCAAAGAUAGAUACACAUUGGUGCUCCCUGUGUAGUUGGAAUCAGGCCUUUUCCUGACAGACGAACGGAGUUAUUUUUUUGUGGCACGUACACCAGUUAGCUGUGAUUUCAUUUAAUACACGUCAUAGGGCAACA